AUGGAACUUAAGGGUAAGAAAUUCUAAAGCUAAUGGAAUGAUAUCAGAUCCCUGAGAAGUAGAUAGAAAAGAAACCUCCCAUUCUUUGAAUUCCUCAAUCAUCUUUCUAUAACUUACCCUAAUUCUGCGUCUUAAAGAUGAAUGUCCAGGACCUGAUCCGAUAAAAAGGGAUGGGUUAACAGCCUACCAGGGCUGCGAUCCACAUCAGCUGCAGAAGCUUGAGCAAAAGAUCGCGGUUUCCCUGAAAGCAGUCCACAGUCAUGCCCAAUGGGAUCUUGGUUCCCUUGACAAGAUGAUAGAUCAAGGGGUACCAAGGUCUAAAGGUCCAUACUGGGUAAACAAGAACUAAACUCUGACCCUGUCUCUGUGGAUCUUCUCCAGCACUUUCAUCAGUAAAGAUGGAGGGGGAAAGGCAUAAGAGGCUGAAACAUCUGUCCAUUGGAAAGACAGUGCAUCAGUUUUCCAAGCUCCCUUUGUCCAAAUCCUGGAGACAAACCUUUGUUUGUUUGUGCAGACGUUUGGUAUGCAAACAUAUCUACUUGUCUCUGGUCAAUAUUGCUUUCUAUCCAUUGGAAUAGAGCAAUAUUCAAUUGAAUCGUUGCCAGAGACAAACUCUGGUGAGAGAGAGAAUCUGCAAACUCGUUCGCCUCUCCCGGAACGUAUUCUGCGUAAACCCGAACUUUGUUUGCUAAAGCUGAAGAUCAGAGAUCUAGAGCCUCCAAACAAAGACCCCAUGACCUUGUGCCCCCUCUGUGGUUUAAAUAAGCCACCCCUGUCCUGUUAUCCAAUUGGACUAUUACCAAUGUUGGUAACUGGUUAAGAACUAGGCCCUGAAGAGCUAAUUUUAUUGCUCUUAACUCUAAGAUGUUUAUAUGAAGGAUUCUCUCUUGGUCUGACCAAAUUCCUGUUAUCGGGUUAUGGGCUGUAAACGCACCCCAACCGUGAUUUGAGGCAUCUGAUGUCAGAGUAACUGCAAACGGCUGCUCUAACAGGGGACAAUGAAGUGGGAAUUCUAACUCCAGAAUAGACUUCAACUCUUCUGUGACCUUCUUGGGAGAAAGAAUUUUGAUUCCUAAUGGCCGCCCUGUCUUAAUUGAUUCCCUAAAAAUAGCUGACUGCUUCUGCAAAGUAAAGGGGAAUCGUCGUAGGCUAGUGUUAAAGCUAUUAAUUUCCCGAUAAUCUUUGCCAGAUGUCUCAAGGACCAACUCUGGUGCCUGAGAGAGGACUAUCGAAGCUCCAACGAGAUUUGUCAUUUUUUUCUGGAAGGUGUUUCAGGUGGUCAAACAAAGGAAACACACUUUCCUCUUUUGGGAUCCUGUCCCUUUAAUUUUUCGCUUACUCAAACAAGUAUGAGGGGAAGGAGGAGAGGAAACAUUUUCCUCCUCCGACGAACUGGCAGAAGAGACCAACCGCCUUUCUUUAUUCUUUUUAUGUAAAACUUGGACCAUAUGUCAUGUAUCCUUCGUAUCCAUGUGACAAAAACGUUUUUUAACUUUGGCUUCAUUUUGACUUCCCUGACUUCCGGUACCCUUGACAUUUGACUUUUCCUUAUCGCUGUGUCUCGUUCGGUGUCCCUGACCUCGGCUAGUUUUCUGACUAUUCUCGGGUACGUUAAGUCCGGCAAUUCUAGGGCCCGGUAAGACGUUACCCUUAUUUCUAGGGUGUGAUACUAUUCUGUGUGCUGGAUCAAUAUAAUCCUGACACCAUAUCCUCCUCAGAAGAUAAAGGGGCUCUUAUAGAGCUUUCUAACAUUGAUGGGGCUGCCUCUAAGAGAGGCAUACACUAAAUCUGUGGCAGACACGGAGUCUGCCAUCAAUUAUGCCAUUUAAAAAAAAUCUGAGGUAAUCAGAAUUUCCGCGCUCAGCACGGCUCUCCUGAUUACCUGAAACGCUGUUCCUGGGCAGGAGCACAGUGCAAGCAGCUCUUGCAUUUGACUUCAGGAAGCUGCUGCAUGCCCACUAGUUUUGCUAGGUGGUUAUGCCUUCCAGAGGACAAAUAUGGAUCACAAAGACUAUGAGAUCUUUCAAACUUUAAGGGAGAUCCCUAGAUGCAACUUCAUCUUAGGAAGCAGUUGGCCACUAUUGGUCCAAAUAACCUCUGAUGCCAAGGUGCAGAAUUCGAGGGAACAGUCAGCAACAGACCAAAACCAAGGUGUUUUAAAAACCUUAUGAAAAGACGUAAUUAAUUUGUGAUUGUUAUAGACCAUGGGUUAUAACUAUUCCCCUUUGGGUUUACUUUAUCAGAUAGGAGAUUUGGCUCAGCCAGAAGGAAAAGAUUUGGUGGACAUCUCAAAACGUAUCCCCACCUGGUUAAGGAACCCUAUACAUGCCUUCAGGUCCCCUUCAUAUCUGGAAAGAGGGGUUGGAUGCACCAAUGGACAAGGGGCAAAGGAAGGGUCUACCACAGCUGGCACAUGAGAGGAAGUGGCUGUGAUUUGACUCUAUGGUUACAAACAGGUGGUAUGUGCUGAGCGUUUUGGCAGCCUUUGCGAAUUUGUCCAAAUGGUGAUCUAAUCACACUCAUUAAAAUAAUGUAGCAGAGAAGGAAGAAAAAAGAUCUCCAGGCUAAACGGCAUUUAAUUGUCAUGGAUGUAGUGUGAUGUGGGGGGGAAUUAGUGACUAGGCUUGUGUGUUUUAGGCAGUCUAGUGAUUCCCAGCAUGGAGGCAACAGAUAUUUACCCAUGAAGGUGUAAUGGGAGGCUUACAGGGUUAUUCACUGAAGUGAGAAUUUAGAGUGGAUUUCAAAUUGAGAGGGAUCCUAUAGUGCCAGAAAAACAAAGCAGUUUUCCUGGCACUAUACGGUUAAUAGGUCCCCCUCUCCCUCGCGCUGGAUCCACUUACCUGAAUCCAGCGCCGAUGUCCCUCAGCGCUGCGUCAGGCUCCGCCCAUGCUCAUCAGCCGGCAGGGAGACCUAAUGCGCAUGCGCGGCAAUGGCCACGUGCACAUUUGACCUCCCCAUGGGAAAGCAUUAUUCAAUGCUUUCCUAUGGAGAAAAUCUGACGCUGGAGGUCCGUGAGGACGUCCAGCGUCAGAUAAUGGACCAAAAGUCUGUUAGGAUUCCGGAAGCACCCCCCCAGUGGCUGUCUGGUAGACAACCACUGGUGGCAGACUUAGAGCUGCAAUGUUUUACACUGCAGCACUAAGUGCAAAAGGGUCACAGCACCCAGACUACUUCAAUUAGCUUUAGUAGUCUGGGUGCCUUCAGUGUCCCUUUCAGGCAGAAGCCAAAGUAGAAGUAUAAAAAGAUAAUCCAUAAAAAUUGGGGAAAAAAUACUUUAGGGACUGGUCACCGAAGGUGUGUAAAAUGCAACCAAAUAAAAUCUAAUGUUAUAAUAACAAUUAAAACAUAAAAUUAGUUCAUAACAAUUGAUAAAUUGCAGUCAAUAUUGUAAGAAGUCCACAGCCCAAAUAUAAAAGUCCAAAUAACAUCAAAUAUUGAAGUGUGAUGUAAAAAUAUUCAUAGCAACAUAGUGUGCUGACUGUAUAUUAAUCCUGUUAGAGAACUCAAUAAUCUGGUACAAGUAAGCUCUGUCUAUUUGCAGGGGGUGAGGUAUUUUGUCGUAUAUUGUAUUUUAGAUAGAAAUUGUGAGUAAAAAACUAAAUCUGCUCUAUACCCUGUUGACAAUGCUAGUAUAUUUAUGCCACAGCACCUUCUAAUGCACAAAUGUAUUAGUUGGGUUUGUUCAUUGUGGUGAGGUAAUUCAGACUAUUCUCUCUUUUUCCUUUGCUUUUUGAAGAUAAAGAAAAUACAACUCCAUUUCUUUUGUAAUUUAGGACCUCAGUUAUUUUGAUAUUUAGCUGGUAAAAUAUUUUUUCCAGUGGCUACAAUAUAAAAAUUACUGAUCAACCUUUGAUUGUCCUUAACCCGAACUAAAAAAGGGGUGCUUUAUGUCCUGGAACAAUUUAGAAUUUGGAGCAGAAAAUCGGGAUGCAUGUUAUCUCUGUCAAUUUGAGAAGAGUUUGGGUUGGCAAUGAUUAGUAGUAGUCACCCUUGUUGCAGCAAAUGUGUCAUUUUAAUAUGGAUAAAUUGUUACUCCUCUAUUUAGGUGAAUCCUGGAGAUACUUCUAGUUUAUGAGUGCACCAAAUAACACUUCAUCUUGGUUUCUAUUUGCAUACCUUUAAAAUAAAAGCUAUAGUUUAACUUUAAUGCUUUUGGUAGGUACACACUCAUCGUGUUUGCUAUUUUGCUAAAAUUUUCCGAGUGUAUAUAAAUAAAAUCUGAGCAUGUGAAAAAAAAAAAAAAGUCUCUAACAAUCCUCAGCACGCAUUUUAGUCAGCCCUUUAAAAUUCAGCUAGAUACAAUUCGAAGUUUAGUGAAUAGACCCCACCACAUGUACCAACAGGGAUCACAGAGCCUUCAGUUUACAACAACUAUAUAAUCUGUGUACAACUUGUAGCAAAGUCACCAGGCACAGAAGCACUAGGAAAUGUGAAUAUGCCAAAUUACCAAACAACAACACUCCAGCACAGCCUCUCCGCUCUGCCUGUUUAUAGAGUCCCUUGACGUCACUAAACAUCUUUUUCAAACUUGGCGCCCUCACGCCGCCAUCCUCCAAUGAUUCCAGCGCUUGUCGCCGCCCCUCCGAGCAGUCUCGGCCGUGUUGCUGUCGCCCAGAACUACAAGUCCCAUUCCAGCCGCCCGGCUCCGCCUCUCGCUACACAUGCGCAGUGGAGGCCCGGUCCGCCAUUUUGUGAAGCAGGGGUCUGGAGCGAUUAAACGGUGAGCUGGAUCUCGUCAAGCGGCUCCGUUCCCGCCUCUCCCAGCUCUUCUCCACGGCAUCCAUCCAACCUGCCGGAAAAGCAGAAAAAAACCGAGAAAAAGCAUCGCAGGAGAGGUAAAGAGAGUGGGAAAGGCAAGUUUUGCAGGAGCUUUCUCCGGCCUCUAGGUGUCACGAUGGGGCUCCGGUUCGGGCGGCAGACGGGGAUGUUUGUCUCCCUCUAUCGUUAUUGUAAAUUUGGUUAGAAAAAAUGUCUGGAAGUCGGGCCCAAGUGUAGCCUCCAUAGUACUGACCGUGCCUGUGACAUGGAUGCUGGUCAGAGAAAGGAGUGCGAGCUCAAUCCGGAUUCCCCCCGAUUUCAAUGCAGUUUUAGGCCUUUCCUCCAUUUUCUUUUCCACCCGCUCUCCUCAUCGCAUCCCACUGCGAUCGAGUAUCUGCGCAACAAAAUUAUCCCCUCUCUCCAGUAAAUCCAUCGACUCCGACAUGGUACUGGGUCAUGAAUGAUUAUUAAAAAACGGGGUACACGGAGAUAUUAUUUCCUAGGGUUCACCUUAUUCCCGCUUUUUCCUUCCAACCUUUAUGGUUACUUCGUACUAUGUAGAUCUGUAUUCAUAUAUUUACUGAAUACAAUUACUUUUUCAGAAUGGUAGGGAUAAAAAAAAAAAUAUAUAUGUAUUUUUUUUUGGGAAAAUGAAAAUCACGAUGCCUCAUAUUGAUUUUAAAUCGAAUAAAUAAAUCAUUUUUAUUUAUUUUUUCGCCCUCAUUUUUGUGGGUGGGGGCUUAUAUAGCCUCUUACAUGACGAAUAUUAUGCGAAAUGGACUAAUAACUGGUUGAUAUCGGAUACGUUGUGAUGAAUAUUCUAAUUAGAAUGUUGGGUUUUCUUUGAAGCUGUACUCCUGGAACAUUACCCAAAUCCGUAAAUCCAUUUGCUCAGGCGAAGUUUAAUGAUCCAAGAUUCCACCGCAGGAGUUGGGUUUAAAAAAAAAAAAAUCUUUUUCGUUUUAUGUUGUGCAAUGGAACAAGUUGUUGAUUCGCGUACUGUAGGGUCUCCGCCAGUUUCUUAUUGAUUGGUCCCCAUGGUAAAUUAACUCUUUCUACUUCAGACAUGCGGAAAGAAGAGACACAGAAGGGUCAGAAUUGGUUGGAAGAGCUCCCUCUGUAAUCAGGCUGAGUUUAUCCUUCCUUUCCUCCUCCCUCUUGGAACUAAGCACCUUUUUAGAAGCUUAUAUAGAUUGUGAAGUUUCUAUUUUUUUUACGAGCGAUUUCAAACUAUUUUGUAUGCAGACUGGGUGUUUUGUUUAUUUGUGCUGGUGCAGUGGUGAUUAAUUCGAAUAAACCAUUAUAUAACAAGUGAUUUAUUUCAUGGUGCAAAUUUUAUGACAUGCAUAAUGUCUGCAUGCAAGUGGGACUUAUUUAUGAUAGUUUUGAACUUAUUCUUGUUUUCAGCAUCAAAACAUAGUUUUUGUCACAGGCUAGUCUAUUUAGCUGAAACAUUAUACAACUACUUUUUAUAGCAGCAAAAAAAAAAAAAUCCAUCUGAAACUGUAAAACCGUGGGACCAUGCCACUUAAACAUCCUCUACUGAAUGUAUCAAAAGUGGAUCUUUAAUUUUGUAAUGCUCACUCUAAGAAUGCAAGAUUUAUUUAUAUAUAUAUAUAUAUAUAUAUAUAUAUAUAUAUAUAUAUAUAUAUAUAUAUAUGUGCACUCACAGGUCUUCAAAUGUGGUUCUAUUUAUUUUACAUGCAAAAAUACAUGUGUGCAAAAAUCCAGUAAAUCGACGUUUCGACCCCUAAAGGGUCUUUUUCAAAAUAAAUAGAACCACAUUUGAAGACCUGUGAGUGCACCUCUGUUCAUUUUUUGUAUAUACUCAACGCCAAGGUUUGCACCCAGGCUGUAUUCAUUAUAUCUUCAAUAUAGGGUGAGUGCCAAGGUCUCUUUUUAUAUAUAUAUAUAUAUAUAUAUAUAUAUAUAUAUAUAUAUAUAUAUAUAUAUAUAUCUCUCUCUCUCUCUCUCUCUCUCUCUCUCUCUCUCUCUCUCUCUCUCUCUCUAUAUCUAUAUCUAUAUAAUUUUUUUAAUUCUCCUUACUGACUACUUUUACUUUAGUAGUGGGACCUGCUUCUUUACAAAGCAAUAACUUUUUUGAGACACACUUAGGGCACCAACAACACUUAUGUAGCUUUUAGGGCUAAACAACUGGUUAUACUUGUGCAUACUCUAUUUUGUGUAGAUUUGGCUAAAUACAGCAAUCCAAAAUGUUUCUUGGUAGUUCCUAUACCUAUGUGAUGUGACAACUCUCACCCACAUUGUCCCUCUUUAUUAUGCAGUCUUAAGUAACCAACUACCGUAUAUACUCAUCUAUAAGUCAAUCUCGUGUAUAACUCAAGUGCAGUUUUUUGACCAACAAUUGUCAAAUAUGCUAUGACACGUAGAUAAGUCAAGGGUACGUUAUUUAAUGGAAUUGUUUGGUUACUGAACAGACUCUGUGUGGUUCCCCUUGUUAACACCUCGUAAUCACCGACUACCCCGGCUGUUAACCACUGUUGUCUCCCAAACGCAGGCAGCGGUAUUGAUCUCUAAGACGGCUACAUGAACCCUGCUGAAACUUGUACCCCUGCCCGUUCAACUUCCCGACCAGCUAGGAGAACGGUGUUCGGGAAUCGAAUGCAGUGCAAUGUCGACUCCCGAACGUCGUACAAAAUUCUAUCGAAACUAGAACUGCCCUGUGGAUAAGUCGACUCUGCGUUUCAAAUUAAGUUUAAGACUAAAAUUUCUCGACAUAUGCACUAGUAUAUACGGGAUGUGCUGUCAAGCCACCUCAGCAAAGAUAUUUAGGAGAUAUAGUUGAGCUGACACUGUUCAUAAGUAGAAAACUGAUAAACUGAAUGAAAAGUCCUGAAAGCUUUAAACAGAGCAAUUUUUGCUUUGAAAUCUACUAGUCAGCCCAUCACACUAUGCAUGCAUGAGUUUGGCAGAUUUAUUGGUGAUUAAAUUAUAUGCAAGUUAUCUGGUGUAGGCAAAUGACUGUCACAUUUUUAAGCUUUUCAAAUAGUUAAAAAGCUAUUUUGCAAUGUGCUCUUCAAUCCCUGCAGUUCAGGUUUAAUAUGUCGUUGCUCUCCAGAUAGGGUAAGCUAUUUCCUUGAGUGAGCAAAGUUCCAGAUAGGUGGUGAUAUGUUAAGGUAUCUGCACUAAAAGCAAACCUUCACUCCAAGCAACAUAACUACUACAGUCUUGAUGCCCUCCUAGAGUACGUAAACAGUUUAAGAAUGUUUUGACAAAUUACCUGGGUCCCACCGCCACCUCCUCAGCAAGGAGCUUGCAGGUAGCUCCAUUGCGAUAAGCCAGUCAGUGCAGGACUGGGCUUGUGGGCCGAGAGCAUGCCUUUCUCAUAUCUGUGACAGAAACUUUCAGUGGCAGAAUUUAUGCAAGUGUUCAAAAAAUUUUUAAUUAUAUGUCCACAUACUCUGGGAGGGUGCAAGAGCCUUCGUGGCACAACACCCACGACAGUGGGCUGUUGUGGUUAUUAUGUGUGAAGUGUGUGUGUGUGUCUUUUAAAAUGUGACUAAGCAUCAAACUCUGAUUUUCUGACUGAUUUGUUGUAUUGUGCUUCCAGCACAUAUUCAGGAGAGAGACAAUCUCUUGACUGCAGCUUUGCUAAUUACGGCAAUCGGUCUGGUUCACGUAAAGGAACACUAUAUUAUAGUGUUGGGAAUACAAAUAUGCCAUAGAGAUUAAUGAACUCCAUUAAUCCGAUGCUAUCCCUAGUGGGAAGAGGCUCAACGCCUCUCCGAAACCACCCUCUUAAAGUCUAAGAUGGUAGUGGUUUUUCGAUUGUAAGUCUUACAUUUACUUUCUUACUUGGUAUCCUGAGUGACAGUGUGGAGUUGGGGGAAUCUUCACACUGAUCAGUUGAAGGAGCAACAACUGCAGUAAUACAUCACCUGUAAUACAUCACCAUCAGGCUCACCUACCUCAGUUUCGAAUGCAUAUCGAUGAGUAUUUUUGUUAGUGUCUCUAUUAUGGACUUCAUCUUCCGUGGUACUCACCAAGUCUCAACACUGAACAGGAAAUGUAGUCCAGUACUACCACAGUGUUAAAGGAAUGUUCAACGUCUCCAUGCAUGUCGUGGAGAUGCUGAAUGGCAGUGCAGCACUGACACAGGAAGCACCUCUAAUGGUCUUUGAGUGACUGCUACUGAAGGUGUCCCUAGGCACUAAUGUAAUAACUGUCUUUUCUUUAAAAAGGCAAUGCUUACAUUAAAAAGCCUACAGGGACAUACUGCUGCCUAGUAACAGUCACUCAGAUGGCCAGUAGAGUCCUUGGUCUGCACAGUGUGCAGCACCUACUUUCAUAGUGUCCACGCUCUGUAUAGAGGCGCUGAAUGUUCCCCAUAGAGAUGCAUUGUUUGUGUGAAAAUUUAAUAAAAAUACAAAUGUUGGAACUCGUGAAAAAUUGGUGCUACUAUCACUUGUGUGGAUCACUCAACACACACAUAAAGUGCAACAAAGUGAAAAUGCGAAAAGUGGUGAGAGCAUUCAGUAAAUAUAAAUAUUACCAAUAUUGGCAUAGAUACUUUCCUAAAAAUAAGAAUAAAAGACCAUAGGGUAAUAUAGUUUACACAUAUAAAGAAACCUAUAUUUUUGGUCCAACUCACAUGGUUCUGAGUCACUUAAAAAGCUGACUCAAACUAGAGGUAUAAAGCUUAGAUAAAUCGCUGGUAUACUAGACUCCUGUAGUAGUCAGGAUAGAUCCUGUUCGUAUUAGUAGUGGUUUCCUCCCCAAAAAUGCAGGAUCAGGGUAAAAGCACUUGUUUAUUUAAACAUAAAUAAAACAAAUUAAUAGUAGAUACAGAGUAAGUCCAUAUAUCUUGCCACUCGACGUGUUUCGGCACAGUUCCUUCUUCAGAAGUGGAAAUGCUGAUAGGCACGUUGUUUUGCUGCGCAUGCGCAAUAUUCUCACUUAGCUAAAAUCAUUAUGACUGACCAGCCAUGGUGAAAUGGGCACGGCGUGGCAAAAAGGUGGAUUAAAAAUAACUUAAUCAUGCAAUUGGAGGAGGGCAGAUACCUAAACACACACAUUGGCACACACACUGACCGAGGCACACACUAAAUAUAUAUAUAUUCUAUACAUACACACACACACACACAAACAAACUGAGAUUUUUAUUUUAAUUGAAAUCCACUCAUCCUCCCUACCAUUGGGAGAGCUGAGUGGAUCUUUCUCUGGUGUCCAGUGGGGCUGCUCUCUCUUACUGCGUGCGAUGGGGCAGUAAUCGACCUGCAGCUCCUCUCUGCUCCUUCAUACUCUCUGUAGUGAUGCUGGGGCCGCAGUGAUGUUAUAUUCUGGCUCCAGGCAUCAUUAAACAGUGAGGGAGCAGAGAGGAACUGCAGGUAUAUUAAUGUUCCUGUGGGCGGACGCCUUAAAGGGAUAACAUCCCAGGUGCAAGGGCAAAAUUUCUAGUCACCAUGGCAACCGGACACCGGGAUUUGUUGAACCCUGGACUAUAGUAUCCCUUUUAAAGAAAUAUAAACUUUGUUUUUUAAUAUAUUUUUUUUUUUGUGGUGUGGCUUCUCUGAGAUAAAGGGUGCACAGUUAGCUUAAAUCUUUCCUAGCUUUGGGGGAGUAAAAACAUUCAUGUUUUGUUUCUUGAUGUUUAAAGAAUUAAUCAGUGGUAAAAGGUGGAUACACUUUUUUUUUUUUUACCACGUUAUUUUCAUAAAACAAUGUGCUUUGAGGUGAACCAUUUAAACAUUGAAAUGGGCAGAAUUCGGGAUACCUGGGUUUUUGGGGUUGUUUAUUUAUAUACAAAAACCCAGGUAGCUAGAAUUCAAUGUUUAAAUUGUUCACCACAAAGCACCUUAUUUCAUGAAAAUAAGGUAAUGAGUGUUGACCACCUUUUUAUAUAGGGAGGAAGCUAAAAUAAAACUUGCCCAAAGCACUUUUUAAAAUGGAAUUAUAUUUUAUUGCUUUAACCCAGGCGCUCGACAAAUCCCAGGUUGCCAUUGUGACAGAACUUUGUCCUGCCGCCUGCGAUUGAUCGGACCAAUCCCUCCUCCUCUCUUACUCCCUAUAUAAUACUAUAAGUACUGACCAGUCUAACUGCUAUAAAAAAGUGGAUAUAACACUUUAAAAUCAUUUUUAUCUCUGUGAGCAAUAUAUUGGUUUUUUUUUUUCUCCUCAUUUCAUCCAUACCAUUGAAGAGACUAAAACAAUCAUCCCUAAGGCAAGGAUUGUAACGACUGAUUCUUUGACCUUAUAAUGAUUACUCCUUUCUAGUGAGUACAAUAUUUUUUAUUUCACUCAUUUCAUACUGGAAAUAUUACACUAAUUGACUUUCUAUUCUUGCAUAUUCAUCAUAAAAAACCUCAUACAGUACCUAAACCUAUCGGUGGAGAUCAUACGCUGUUGUGACUGGAGCUUGUUUGAAGCUUCUUACUAUGUGAGUGUGGAGAUUUGCACAUAAGUGUUAUGACGUAAAAAUAGACCGUUUUUUAUUUUUUUAAUGCACCCACAAAUAAAGAAUUGUACACUAAAGAAAGCAAAUUAAUUCGGUUGCUGCCUAAAAUCAUGAACUCUCCUAUAUUAAAGGAUCACUAUAGGGUCUGGAACACAAACAUGUAUUCCUGACCCUAUAGUGCAAAACCCACCAUUUAGGUGGCUUGCCCCCUUCCUCCCCCUUACCCUCUCUAUAAAAGUUUAAAACUCACCUUAUUUCCAGCACAGCUCGGGUCUUCCCCCUUUGUGACAAUCGGCACGGGGCGGGGCCAAAUGACGUUUUUUGGCCAAUUGGGACCUCCUGAAUCAGUGCAUCUCUGUGAGGAAAAUUCAGCGUCUCCAUGCAGAGCGUGGGAACGCUAAACGACAAGACUGCUUACUGUGCAGGAGUGGCCACUUGAGGUGUCCAUAGGGGCAAUGUAAACACUGCCUUUUUUCUGAAAAGGCAGUGUUUGCAUGGAAAUGCCUGAAGGUUGUUCUGGUGACUAUAGUGUCCCUUUAAAGUAUUUCUUCUACUAUUAGAUGCUACCUGCUUCUUCUUCUCAUGGGUGUAUCAUGUUUUAACUUUUCAAGGGUUUGAGGGAAAUAUCUUGUGUUCAGUGUUCGCUUCCAAAAGUAAUCAGGUGAUUGGUCUAUUAGUGCUUGUUCAUCCUUGUGUGUAUUGCUUUCCCAGGUCACUUCCGCAUUCAAACGAGUCUUGAAGUUAAAAGCAGUAACCAAUCCCUACACUCAUUAAAAAUUAAAUAACCCCUUCAAAAAACAAAAAAUCUUCACCAUUGUGUUUUGCAGUCAUAAUUGGAUCCAAAACCCUUGACAGACUCCUCAAUGCAGCUUGAUAUGCCAUUUCUAAAGUUGUAAAGAUUGAUAACUUUUUUGUCCGAUCAAUUGCUUCUUGUAGGGGCACUUGUCAUUUGCUGCAGUUCUAUGAGAAUUAAAUCUAAUGUUUGUCAUGGCAUACUAACAUUCUGGCUUUGAACGCAAAGUAUUUGACUUGUUCAAACUAUUUUAGCCCAACGUGCCUAGUGGCUCUAGAGACAUUGAGAUUUUAAAAUCUAAACUUUCUCAGAAACCGCAUUGUUUUUAAUUUGCAGUGCUACAAGGGCAGUAUCUUUGCCCGAAGAUCAUUUAAUUAAGUGGGCACACAAGACACCUAUAUAAUAAUGCAUUUCAUAGGAUUUGAUCUCAUUAAAGGGAUACUAUAGUCGCCCAAACAACUUUUAGCCGUUUUAGUGUAUAGAUUCUGCCCCUGCAGUCUCACUGCUCAAUUCUCUGCCAUUUGGUAGUUAAAUCACUUUUUGUUUCUGGCAGAGUGUUCUGCUGGAGAUAUAGACCACAAGCUCUUUUGUGCUAGCCUUCUCUAAUCUACCCAGCGGACCCAUUUUGGUCUGGUAGUCUAUCAUGUCAUAGAUUUAUAACUCGUUUUAUCUUAGAAUAACAGAUGUGAGUGGGGAUAUCCCAUGCAAAUGGUUGGCGACCAGGUGUUGUGGCACCUUAUGUCAAAGAGUGGUUUGUUUUGUAUUGACCUUUUAAAGAGACAUGUAUCACUUUUGAGUUUAUUUUUUUUAACAAGUAUACCAAACAAAAUAAAGCAAGAAAAACUUUGAAAACUGUGUAAUAAACUUACUAUAAACUUGGUCAGAUUGCAUUAUUGGGCACAGUUGUCUCAAAUUGAUGAAUGUCCCUUUAAUCUUGGUGUCAUGGAGCCAUGGUUUUAUAGGAACCGCUAGCUUAUUUUCCAAAUCAUACUAUUCAUGGAUGACAGUGUUCAAAACUAGAUGUAAUGGCACGAUGCUAUGAGUUACACGUGCUUUGAUUUGUUGCACCAAAACUGGACAUAAACAGACUUCUCAUGGGUGUAUCAUAAAUGAGCUUUGUUGCAUUGAGAACUAUAUACAUGGUUUAGCUCACAUGCAAUACUGUACAGACAGGCCAAACACUGGUUAAAAAAUAAAUAAAUAACAAUUGCUUAAAAGUAGCAGUCAUGGGUAACUCAUUCUAAAAGAGUUAUUCACUAAAGUGUGAAUUUAGUUUGAGCAUUUAUUUUUUUAAGGAUGGAAGAAAAAAAAAGUACAUGAUGAAGGAUUUAACUUUAUCUCUGUUUAUGGGGAUAUCAAAGCAUGUGGGUAUUCAUCCUAAAAUAUUCUGAUAUACCAUCGAUGUCAUACUUUAUGAAACCUUUUGGUUUUAUCAGUGUUUCUCAUGGUUUGAAAAUAUUUGUUUAUGCAUUUGCAGUGUGACCAUUUGCAUGAUGAAAUUAAUAUGUGUAUAUAAGCUGUCACUUUCAAUGAUUAAAUAUAUAAGUUGUUAAAUGCUGCAAUAGUUUUAAAGCGUGUCCUACUUAUAUUGACUUCUGGGACACAUUUUAUACAUUGUAUAAAUCUUGGAUAUACUGAAACAUUCAAACCAAAAUUCUAGGUUAAAAACGACAAACAUUUAAAAAAAAAAUGACACUUUCAAAGUGCUAACUCUACCCUGUAAAUUCCAGGACAACAGUGCUUUAUAGAAAUGCCAAAGGUUUCUGGAAGCUGUAGUACAGAAUAAUUUUUUUUUUUUUGUUUUAUUUGCUAUUCCAGGUUAUUAGGUAAGACUGUAAUGUAUAUUUCUGCUUUUAUUAGGUGAGAAUGGAAAGCGAAAUGGCAGAUGCCAUUAUGGAGGAUUCAGAGACCUUCAUGAAGAGGAAAGAAACCAAAACCUAUCAGAGACGUCGUGAGGGUGGGGCUGAUGAUGAUGGCUGUGUUAUAGUCCAAGCACAAGCAGAUGUAAGUGAAGUACCCCAUGAUGUUAACAGCAAUGUUCAGAUGGUGAUGAUGGAACAGCUUGACCCCACCCUCUUGCAAAUGAAAACAGAGGUAAUGGAAGGCGUGAUUCCUCAAGAAGGAGAUGGUACCGUGGAUGACACACAGAUUAUAACAUUGCAGGUUGUAAAUAUGGAGGAACAGCCUAUUAACUUGGGCGAGCUUCAGCUUGUCCAGGUGCCAGUAGCUGUUCCUGUAGGCACUGCAGGUGAACUUCAUACAGCUUAUGAGAAUGAAGUCUCUAAAGAAGGUCUUCAGGAAGGAGAGCCAAUGAUUUGUCACACAUUGCCUCUUCCAGAGGGUUUCCAAGUUGUUAAAGUUGGUGCAAAUGGAGAAGUGGAAACACUUGAACAAACAGAGCUACAUCCUCAAGAUGACCCUGGCUGGCAGAAGGAUCCUGAUUACGUGCCCCCUGUUAAAAAGACAAAGAAAACCAAGAAGAGUAAACUCCGCUAUACAGAAGAAGGGAAAGAUGUUGAUGUGUCAGUUUAUGAUUUUGAAGAAGAGCAACAGGAAGGUCUACUUUCUGAUGUGAAUGCAGAAAAAGUAGUUGGAAAUAUGAAGCCUCCAAAACCAACAAAAAUUAAGAAGAAAGGUACGUUCGUAAAGUGUAUCUGCUUUCUAAACUGUCAGGGCUUUUCAUAAACCGUUAAAUAUAUGUCUUAGUUAGAGGCAGUAACUAUGUAAGUAGAUGUUCAACUUCAGUAAGGUGUACUCAUUGUACAGUAAGAGAUGUCAAUACCAUUUCUUUGUCACUUUAAACUAGAUUUAUUUAGAGUGGUUAUUUGUUCCUAGUUUUGAACCCAAAAGUGUAUCCCCUCUUCAAUUUAGUGGACCUUGCCUAGUAGUAACAGACCUAUAUUUAUAAGGUCUCCAACUGCCCACACUAUUUACUGUAAUGCUACUGCCUUUUACAGCACAAUGUGUUAACUUUAUCUUGUCUCCUCCUCUAUUGAACAUUAAUCACACACAGGAGUCAGCUGCAGGGAAUUAACAGCACUAUAUAAGAACUGAUGCAUUAUACACACUGCAAUAAGGGAAGUACAUAGUGAAGCCGUGUGUGUCACAGCCAGGGGAUGACGGGACGAGUGGCUAAGGCUGCAAAAGCAAAGUGAUUUAACUCCUAAAUGGCAGUGAAAUUUCAAGAGAACGAUCUGUAAACCAACACCAUUUGUUUGAGCCUAGAGCAGGAUUGCCCCUAAAAGGUAGAUCUCCAGAUGUUGUAGAACUACAACUCCUUUGCUUUGCAUGGCUUUACAAUAACAAAGUCUCAUGAAAGCUGUAGUUUUAAAACAUCUGGGGAUCUGCCUUUUGGGCACCACUGAAUAUCCCUUUAAAUCUCUACUUGAUAAAAGUUAUGAGACUGAGGUCAUGUAGUUGUAUGUGUAGAUACUACUUGUUUAUUUUUGCCUAUUAAUUAUUUAUAUGGUGGGGUGUGUGUGUUUGUUUGUGUUUAAAAAUGGCACAAACCAAUUGUAGUUUCUAAAAUGUGUGCAAAUUGUUCACUCCUGUUUUGCUUGUUUGUUUGCAUAGGUGUAAAGAAAACAUUCCAGUGUGAGCUGUGUAGUUACACCUGCCCCAGACGUUCUAACUUGGACCGCCAUAUGAAAAGCCACACUGACGAACGACCACAUAAAUGUCAUCUCUGUGGAAGGGCUUUUCGAACAGUUACUUUGCUUAGGAACCAUCUAAAUACCCACACAGGUCAGUUUUAUACAUGUGUUUUAUUCUUCUCCACCUCCACCAUCCGGUUCAUUUGUAAAACAUAAACCGCUUUUCAUCAGCCAACUUGUAAAUACACAACCUGGCCAGUAGUAUGUGGACACCUGAUAACUAUAUGAGCUUGCUGGAGUUUCCAUUCCAGUAUGGAGUUGCCAUCCCCUAUGCAGUUUUGACAGCAACCACUCUUCUGGGAAGACUUUACACAAGAUUUAAGAUUGGGUGUCUUCAUGACCUUCUGUCUGUGCACAGAGGUAUAACUGUAGGAAAGGGCCUUCCCCAAUUGUUUUCUCAAAGUUUUUAAAGUACCCAAUUGUUUUGUAAUAUUCUAGCAUAAAAAUAACUAUUCACUGAAACUAAAGGCUUGACCCAAAAGCAGAAUUAUCUCUCCUGCAGAAAACGUUACAGUAGGCACUAUAUAUCACAGUAGGCAGCACAUUCUCCUGGUCAUAGUGCAUGGAAUCUGUAUGUGCAGUGUUUGUCUAUGAAAGACACAUACAUGCUUUAAGUCUUCUGCUGGCAGUCAUGUGAAGUCUGUGUAUAUUUGAUGUAUAAAGUCAGCAUUCACACACAGUCUAUUGCAUUUAAGAUUUUUAGAGGUACAAUGACACCAAGUGUCCACCGAUUCAUAAUAAGAGACAGGGUCUCUCCGAGCUGAUUGUGACCAAUUGCACAGCACAGUUCACAAUCGGCUGGGAAGUCAUGCUUAAUUCACUAUUACAGAAAAAUGUGAUGGCGACAACAUUCCACUAUGUUUUCGCUUGGAAACCUAUGUGCUGGAAGUAGAGUUAAUGCUGGAUUUGGGUUAGGGAUAGCCCAUGGCAGGGGUAGGCAAUCUUCAACACUCCAAAUGUGGAAUACAUCUCCCCUGAUGCUUUACCACCAGUAUUAUGGCUGUAAUCGCAUUACAGGAGAUGUAGCUCACAACUUCUGGUGUCCCUAGGGGUAAGGGUAUCCUAAAUUAAAGAGGAAUCCUAAAUUAAGGUGGAAAACACUAAACAAAUUCUAGGUUUUGUUUUUACUCAGAUCUUGGACUGUUGCAGGUUAAACAUGUUGCUUCACUUUAUACAGGAACUAGGCCACACAAAUGUCCUGAUUGUGACAUGGCCUUUGUAACCAGUGGGGAGUUGGUGAGACAUCGUCGUUAUAAACAUACACAUGAGAAACCUUUUAAGUGCUCGAUGUGUGAUUAUGCUAGUGUUGAGGUAAGAAACGUUUGCCACUGAAAAUUGUUUGUAUAUGUUGUUUUAUUAUCAAACUGCAAAUUUAUGUAAAUUGUGCAACUACAUUUUUAAAGGCACCAUUGUGCAAUUAAAUUUUUAAAGGCUCCAAGCACCAUAACCACUACAUACUGUUGAAGUAGCUAUGCUGCCAGGAAUGUCCUUGCUCUUCCCUAGAGUAAUUUGUUAGAAUGGUUUGGCAAUUUACCUGGAUCCUGCCUGGUGCCUUUUGCAGAAGAAUCCAGUUGAGGUAAACAGGGCUGUUAAUGAAGGUUGAGAUCAUUAGCUGAGUUCUGUCCUGUGUCAGACCUAUUUCAGCUGAAUGAAAAAGACACAUACAUUCUGCAGAAGAAGCCAGGUCGGGUUAUAGGUGCCUGGGGAACUCAAGUAAGUAGAAUAGUUUUACAAGUUGUUACUUUGUGAUUGGGACAUGACACUGACAUCAUAACCAUUACAGCUUGCUCCAGUUGUUCUGGCCCAUGAUAAGUGUUUUUUGUGUGUGAUAAUUCUAGGUACUAUUUCAUUAUUUUUCUUUUUUAACCUACAAGGGGAAAAAAGGGCCAUUUUUUUUGUGGUGUAAUUCAUAAAAGUCUUCAUGUUGAAUCCUGACUUGAUUAGUUUUCACCAGGCAGAGGGAAGGCUUAAUCUAAUCCUUGACUGUCAGUGAUCUGAUUCUGAUGACAUGCAGUGCAUUUUCAGUUUAGAGUGCUGUAUAUUUCUCUUUUUCAAAUUUCCAGUGACACCAUAACGAACUGAUCUGAAAGGAGUCCUUCAUAAAUUUUAACUAGUUAUGAGAAUUUGCCUUAUUUUCUGUAGAGACCUGGGUGUUGUAUGGCAGUAGUUAUUAGGGGUUUCAAUUGGACACUUUUUUUUUUUUUUUUUUUGCUUGCCAAAUGUGGACAUUUAAAUAUUUCUAAAUCGGCUCAAAAAGUUUAGAUACUCAUGUAGCCAUUUGUGCUAAACUGGAUGUGUUCCUAUUUUUGGAAUAGUCUGGAUAAAUUAAGUGUGUGGUAAAUUUAGAGAAUAGUAAAUAAUAGCUUACUAUUCUGCAAUUUAUCCUUUAUUUCCUGGAUACCUACCAAAUGUUCGUAUUUUAUGUGGUAUGGUUAAGUCUUCUUUAAAUUUAAUUAUUGCUUUAAUUAAAGACUUGACUCUGUCUAAUAUGACUUCCUUUUAAUUUUAGGUCAGCAAAUUGAAGCGCCACAUUCGUUCCCACACUGGGGAGCGACCUUUCCAAUGCAGCUUGUGCAGCUAUGCUAGCAGGGAUACUUACAAACUUAAGAGACACAUGCGAACCCACUCUGGUAAGUAAUAUAAAUUCAUUUUUUCUAGAUGCAACACCCAAAAUUUAUUUUCAGUGUGUUUGUGGUCUCUCCUCCGCAUUGUUAAAUUUGUCCAGUGUGUGUGUGUGUGUGUGUAGGAAUAGCUGCAGCCAUGCACAUACCUUGUGGGCAACUUGCCAAAACUUUGAACCCUUGAUACAAACAGCAAGAGUAUGGAUGCUUCCAGCUAAAUGAGCAAUUACACUCUCUUAAUGAGUACUGCUGCAGUAUAAACUACUUAUUCACAUUCCUGAGCAAGUAUUUAAUAUGAGAUUUGGCUCUAAAGAGCAGAACUGGAAACUGGUAUUUCCUGGUCAAGGAGGAUUCUGCUGACAACACUUGCUGUUGCAAGCACAACAAUGUUAUGGUGUUUUUUUUGUGUGCAUGUGUAUGCUUCUACCUGUUCUGUUUUUAAAUGGCUUUCAAAUGUUUGGCAUGCACCAUUUUAUAGAGAUCAUGGCUAAUAAAUAAAUAGUUAGUGGGGAAUUUUUUUUUUUUUUUUUUAUUUAUUUUUUUUUGUUCCCCCUCUAACCACCUAAUAUCAGUGACACCUGCUCUGUCAGAAUUUAUUUCCUAAUGCUUUCUCAAGCAGAAAAGGUAUUAAUGCGAACAGUUUUGUUUUUUCAGGUGAAAAGCCAUAUGAAUGCUACAUCUGUCAUGCUCGCUUUACCCAGAGUGGUACCAUGAAAAUGCACAUUUUACAGAAGCACACUGAAAAUGUGGCAAAAUUUCAUUGUCCUCACUGUGACACAGUUAUUGCAAGAAAGAGUGACUUGGGUGAGUAUUUGUGGCAUCACUUUUCUUUGUAAAAUUUAAAUGUCUCUACUGUUAACAAAUCCAUGCUAACGAAAUUUAAAAAACACAUUUUAAUACACUUUCUGUGAUAUUUUGACACAAUUUAUAAAUCGCUUUAAUAAUAUAAUGUGUAUAUACAAAUUAUAUAAUGGCUUUUUAUAAUAUAUUGUGGGUCAUGGUUUUAACUAUAACUUCCUUUUUUAAAUCAGGGGUCCAUUUGCGAAAACAGCACUCCUAUAUUGAACAGGGAAAGAAAUGUCGCUACUGUGAUACUGUGUUCCAUGAGCGUUAUGCUCUGAUCCAACAUCAGAAGUCUCAUAAAAAUGAAAAGAGAUUUAAAUGUGAUCAAUGCGAAUAUGCUUGUAGACAGGUAAGAGGAUUAUUGAAUGGUUAAUUUUGUGCUGAUUUGUAUAUAACUAGUACUUGUACAAUUGACUUAAUGGAGUCAUGUUUCUAAACAUGUUAAUACAUAUUUCUUGCGUCCCUUUACAAGCUAAAGAUUGUCUCUUGAUUAAAUUUUUUUGCUUUUCAGUAUUGUUACUAAAUUAGAACUUUCAUUUCCAUAUUUUACACUAGUCUUGUUUUUCCUUUUUCUUCAGGAGCGCCAUAUGAUAAUGCACAAACGGACCCAUACUGGUGAGAAACCCUAUGCCUGCAGCCAUUGUGAUAAAACCUUCCGCCAGAAACAGCUUUUGGACAUGCAUUUCAAAAGAUACCAUGAUCCCAGCUUUGUCCCUGCAGCUUUUGUUUGUUCUAAGUGUGGGAAAACAUUUACUCGCAGGGUAAGGAUGUCUCAGUGUAGUCCCAAUAUUGGCACAUGAAUGUGUCUGAAAUGAAAGUACUGUUCUCUAUGAAAUAAUUUGCUUACCCAUGGCUAGUUAGUUUCACACUUUUUUUAUCUGUAAUAUUUGAAUUUAAACUAGAAAUGUUAUUUGCAGUUAGUUGACUUUGCUUUUGAACAAUUUUACUUUAAAAAAUAAAAUAAAAUUAUUGCUCUAAACUUUAAAAAAAGGGGGAGGGGGGGUUUGAAAUGUUUUAAAACCCAUUCUUCCAAGCUCUAGCACCCUGAACCACUUUCGAGAGCAAGUGGCGAGACACAGGGAUCUGUACAUUUGAAAGGUUCUCGUGAACUGUGUAUUUUAACUGGAGUAUGUACCUGACCGUAAAAAGGCACACUAUGCACCAUAAUAAUUUUAAUGUGAUUUCAGUUAGCGUGCUCAGCUGUCCCUUCACUUUUUUUCCCAAAACAAAGUUGUUUGUCCAGUACAAAACUUUUUUUUUUUUUUUUUAAAUAAUGCUUGUUAUUGCAUACCCAACAGAAUACAAUGUCUCGACAUGCUGAUAAUUGCACUGGACCUGAUGGUACAGAUGGUGAAAAUGGAGGGGAUGGUGAAAUUAUUCACAAGAAAGUGAAGCGUGGACGUAAAAGAAAAAUGCGUUCUAAGAAAGAAGGCUCCACAGAUAGUGGUAAGAGUUUGAGUGACUGCAGAUUUAUUAGAAAUAAAGUUCUUUGAAAUUAUUUUACAAAUAAGACUUCUCAGGGGAUAUAACAUUAAUAAAUAUAUACAGGGUCAGCCCAACUGGUAAUUUGUUCAUCAAUAAGGCUAUGCAAAGUACAGUACAGGAGGCAAGAAAAUGUUGCCAUCAGUAGAAGAAACAUAAAAUUGUGGGUCUAACGAAAGUCAUUUUCAUCAGAUUCUAUACAGACUUAUAAACAUAUAAUUGCAUUAUUGGAAAACCAGAAUAUUUAAAGUUAUAAUAGAAUGAGGGGUAACCGCUUAAUGAUCAAAGGCUAAGUCUGUGUUAUUCUGGUGUCCAUAAGGAUUUGUCCCAUUUUGUAGCAAAAUUGAAAAUGUCUGCGUAUUUUACUAUGUUUAAACAUAGAAUAUAAUCUCUAGUAAAAUACUUGUUAUGCUAAUUUAAAGGUUUGCUGUAUAUUUGUAUUUCAGACAGACCUAUGCAGUCAGUAAAUUUAGUUAUCAUCUUGGACUGCCUGGCUCCUGAAAUUAUGCAUAACUAUAAAAUUUGUAUUGGCUAAUAUCUCCACAUUUACUUUUGGUUGAAAGUAUGUUAAUGUGCAAGAUGCUUGCUGGCAUGCAAACUCUGACUGCAUCAUCUACUCUUGGUGCUUACUAGACUUUUUUUUUUUUUUAUAAAUCUUUAUUUUCAUGCGAUAAAAGGACAGACAUGUUAAUAUUGCCGCAAUCCAUAUGUACAUGGCUCACAGGAACAUGCUACAUUAAAUAUACUGUUAAGAUACAUUUCGCAUUUUUUAUUUUUUUAUUUUUUUAAGUUAUAUUGGGCUGGGAUGUUGUAACGUGGGCCUUAACUGUGGAAGUUUUGGGUGAGUGUUCACUCGACUAUGUGUGCCAGCGCAGUUACCUUGAAGCCAUCUAGCGUGUGGGGCAUGCAGUAUUCGAUAAGCUUUUGUUUGUGGGAGACAAAUCCCCAUCUGAUCUCUGGUAUCUGUUUGGUUAUGGUACUCCAUAUGGUGUUCAGGGCUAGAGCCGUGUUUGGUGUGUGGGGAGUCGUGGCACUCCCUUCAGCGGCAUCCUAUAUGGUUUUAGGUUAUGUCUAUUAUACCUUCCUUCAUACGCUGCAUGGCUCUUGCCUGGACUGGAGGUGCGCUGUGUGGCUUAGCUAAGUAUAGUGAUGAAGGUGGCUGUGUGUAAGCAUGCUGUAAUAAAUGUUUGAGUCUAGUGGGUGUCUAGGUGGGUGGGAGCUGUAUGGAAGCCUAUCUGCGCCCAGAGGGCAAAGAACCCACGGCGUGAGAGGAGGAAGAAAGCGUUAGACUAUGUGUGAGUGUAAGGCUCCCGUGCUGGUAGUACCCUAUUACCCCAGGGCGGGGGGGGGGGAGGGAGGGAGUUGUCGCCAGAGCCGGCUGGUGGGGCCUCCAAUAGGUCGCUAUCCCACUAUAACAGAAAGAGGUGAACCAGUAAUACUAACGCUUGUAAGCGUAACUAAACAUUUUAGUAAGAGAGUCUCAGUAAAAGUCCAAAAGUCCCAGACCGAGCGCGUCGUUUCAGGACUUGGUGUCUCCAUGGGGUCUGGGUGUAGCCGUUGUUGUUGCUUCAACCCUCCUGGGUCGGUGGCCUGGCAGUGGCAUUGAAGUUGUCGGCAGAGUUGGGAGUCCCAAUGUCGCCAUUAGAGCUGGGCCCUCAGAGGGAUCCGUGGCCUUGUAAUGUUUGUUGUCUUUGGUAACCCAUAGGGUCCCCGGAGUCGACCACUUGUAGGUAAUGCCUGCUGCGUGGAGUGGUUUAGUAAGUGGUUGCAUUUGUUUGCGCCAUAGUAGUGUGGCUCUGCUCAGGUCUUGAAAAAAGGAUAAUCGGCAAUCCUCAAAUUCCAUAGGAGUCUUUCCCUGGAGCGCUGCUAAAAGUCCCAAUUUGUCUGACAUAGACUGGCACCGUAAUAUGAUGUCUCGCGGUGCUGCGCUGGGUGCCUGCGGGGAUUUCGCAAUUCUGUAGACUCCGUCGAAUAAGAAGGUUUUGGCUUGUCUGGUUGGAAGUAGUGCAGCUACGAGGCGUCUGAUGAAAUGUGGUAGUUCCUCCAGUGGGAUGGAUUCCUGCACCCCUCUGAUUUUGACGUUUUUGCGUCUCCCCCUGUCGUCCAGUAGGUUGACUUGUCUGGAGAGGGCAGUCUGUGUGGUGGUUAGUUUUUGUACUUUCUCCCCCAGCUCUUGUAGGCCUUGUUUCAGGGUUUCCACUUCAUUCUCUGUAGCUUGUGUACGUAGUGUCACAGCAUUUACAUCCCCUUUUAGCACUGCCAGGUCAGCCUCCCACAUUUGCCUGAGGUUUUGUUGCAGGCUUGUCAGCAUGGCCUGGAUAUCACUCCUGGAUGCUGGGGCAUUAUCCUCCAUUACCCGUGGGGGAGCUGCAUGACAUGGAGUGAGUGGGCUAUCAGGUGGUUCUCCUUCCUCUGAGGGCAGUGGAGAGGAGUCCCGAUGGGACGUGGUCUGCGCUGCACUUGGGGCCUGCAACAUCUGGCCUAUGUCGCGCUGGGGCCUUGGGGUAUGUGUGGGUGGUUUCUGAGACUUGCGCCCCAUCUCACCUGUGUGUGGCAGGCUGUGGUACCAGUCUUCCAGAGCAGGUGAGCCCCAGGGCCAGAUUCCCUCCUCUGAGUCUCUCUGCCGUCCGCCCGCGUGGUAGGCCUUACCGCCUCUGCGUCGUGUUUUGGAGCCGGGCGCAAGAAAAAACGGCAUCGGCGGCUUCGGCUGGCUGUCCUGGUUUUAGACCCAGCGUCUGUGACCUAGGUCGGUAUCGGGUGCUCCCAAAUCGGCUGGAUUAUGAGUAUCCAAGCGGGAGCUCCACUAUUGUGCGUCCGCUCGGUUCCGUUGUCAGGCUCCGCCCUCGGUGCUUACUAGACUUGUGCACAAAUCUUGUUCAGCUAUGGUGAACCAAUCAAAUGCCUGUUAAAGGGACACUAUAGUCACCUGAACAACUUUAGCUUAAUGAAGCAGUUUUGGUGUAUAGAACAUGCCCCUGCAGCCUCACUGCUCAAUCCUCUGCAAUUUAGGAGUUAAAUCCCUUUGUUUAUGAACACUAGUCACACCUCCCUGCAUGUGACUUGCACAGCCUUCCAUAAACACUCCCUGUAAGGAGAGCCCUAUUUAUGCUUUCUUUAUUGCAAGUUCUGUUUAAUUAAGAUGUUCUUAUCCCCUGCUAUGUUAAUAGCUUGCUAGACCCUGCAAGAGCCUCCUGAAUGUGAUUAAAGUUCAAUUUAGAGAUUGAGAUACAAUUAUUUAAGGUAAAUUACAUCUGUUUGAAAGUGAAACCAGUUUUUUUUUUUUUUUCAUGCAGGCUCUGUCAUAGCCAGGGGAGGUGUGGCUAGGGCUGCAUAAACAGAAACAAAGUGAUUUAACUCCCCAUAUGACAGUGAAUUGAGCAGUGAAAUUGCAGGGGAAUGAUCUUUACACUAAAACUGCUUUAUUUAGGUGACUAUAGUGUUCCUUUAAUCAUUGGACUAACUGGUCCACUCACAUGGAAAAUCAUAUGUGUUUCAAAGCUGCGUAUCCAGCAAACACAGACUCUAAGGAAUCCAUGUUUAAAAUGGAAAGAGGCAAACAUUUGAUUCUUUGUAAACUAAUUUGCAUAUACCCACCCAGAAUCCUAGCAACAUCACUGCAAAUUUGUGAUUUCUGUGGGAAAAGCAAGUCUUAUGGCUUGACUGGUGUGCAGAUUUUUGCUUAACAUUGUAUUGACUAUCCACAGACUUAAGGUGGAUUCAGCAUAUCCACUUCUUUACAAUGCUUCAAAUACGUAUAACCAAUGUCCACAAAUCCUGUUCAGGUGCAUUGAACACCUGUUUUUCGCUAGAUCAACUAAUCUGUGUUUUUGAUUUGCAAUAUGAGUGGACCAGUUAGUCCAAUGAUUAACAGGCAUUUGAUUGGUUCACUAUAGCUGAAAUGGAAAGAGGCAAAAAUGUGAUUCCUUGUUGAACUCAUUUGCAGUAGUAACAUCAGUGCAAAUUUGUGGAAGGGGUUUUCAAUCACAAUUUUCCCUCACCAUAACUUUUGGGUUUGUGUGUGUGUAUAUGUAUAUAUGUGUUUGUAUAUACAUUCACACAAUAUAAAUUAUAUAAGAUAUAUUUUUUUUGUUGUUGUUAUGACUUUGAUUUAACUUUAUGCUGACAACCCCAAAUACAGUAGUAUAUUGAUGGAAUUUAAUUUUCAUGAUAAUGUAUUUUAAUCCCCCUUCCCAUAAUUUUCAGAGGACAAUGCUGAACCGGAACUUGAUGAUGAUGAGGAUGACGAUGAAGAUGAAGAUGAGGAUGAGACACCAGUAGAGAUAGAAGCAGAAAAUGAACCAGAACCACCUCUGUCUCCUGUCCCUCCUCCUGCAAAAAGACGCCGUGGAAGGCCGUCUGGCAAAGCUAAUCAAGCUAAACAAAGUACGUUUCUAUUUUUUCACACAACACUGUGGUUCCAACAUUAAAAGGGAAAGUCACCUCUGCACUCCUUGUGCUUAUUAUGCCUUGAGUCUAUAGAGAAGUGUCAUGUAAGUACAUGGAACACUUGUGCAUUCCUGCUAUAGUGCUGUAGGCAUGAUCAGCCUGUACCAGGACACCCAGACAUUUUAUAAAACACAUAAAAUAACAUUGUCUAUAAUUUAUAUUUCAUUUUAUAAGCAGCCAUAUUUACAGUUGGUUUAAAUUUCCCUUUUUAUUUCCUCCCCUCCAGCUGCAGCUCUAAUUCAGGUAGAGGAUCAGAGCACAGGACAAAUUGAGAGCAUCAUUGUCCAAGUGAAGAAGGAGUCAGACCUUGAGUCAGAGGUUGUGGUGGGAGCUUCUGUCCCACACCCUACUGUGGAAGCUCCUAAUGGUGACCUCACACCAGAGAUGAUUUUGAGCAUGAUGGACCGGUGA